ACCAAAUUCCAAAUAGUUAAGUGCGUCGUUGAACAAAAACACGAAAAUCAUAACGUGAACAAAUAUAGACAAUGAAGGUUAAUAUCUUGUUUCAGAUUUUCGGGAUUAUCAUUUGCAGUUCUAGCUUAGUUGAAGGGUUUUCCUACGCUGAUGAAGUCAGAGAUAUCUUUAGGAGACAUUUCAACAACGAAGAUAAUGAAUGUUGGGAAAGGACAAACACAAAUCAAUACACGGAUACCAUCGGUAUGGCAAAAGCCCUGGUCAACGUGUACACACAAGAAUGUAAGAACUUCAAUAAUAAAAAAUAUGGAUGGUCAUUUUACAGAGUAUUGAAUGAUAAACUUCGAGGUCGAACAAAUGAGCCCAUUUGGCUGGACACAGAAGAUUUGCUCAAUAGAGCAUUGUCAGUGUUAGGCCUCCAAACGGGGAAUACACUUUUCAGGGCUUGUCAGUGUAGCGAUAUUAAAAAAGGAUACAUCUUAAUGAAUUAUGACUUCUGGAGUACAUCAUUGGACGCAAGCCAGACAACCCAGUUCCUAAGUAAAGACAAAAUAUUUUUCAAACUUACUGCUUCUCCAGCUGGCACAUACAUAGACAAAUAUUCAGCAUUCCCUGAAAAAGAAGUUUUACUACAAUCGAAAAGUCAAUUAUAUGUUGAAGAAUAUAUAACGGACACGCAGGAAAUAGAAGCCAAAACAAAUGAAUUAAAACUACCAACGGAUACGAAAAUGAAGGCGUUUGCAGUCGUGACAGGCAAUAUUCCACCAAGCGUUUCCGGGUCGGCUCUUAACUCGGGCAAAUGCGAUUGCUCGGGUGGCACAACAUCUGGUGCCUCGAUGCCUACGAGCUUCUUAAGUGCCUUGUUUUUCAUUGCAUUAACACUAGUUUGGUGAAUGAAAAUAGCGUAUCUUUGUAAAUACAAAAUAUCGAAUUUACGCUUUACCAUUUUAGAAAAAACAAAUGUUAAAUGUGUGGAACGCUACGGAUAGAAAAAUAACAAAUAUAUUAAUGCUACUGAAUCUAGUUAUCAUAGUGCUUUUAAACACUUCAUGUGUUUUAAUUGAUGAUAUUUUUAGAUGUUUGUAUGGUUUUAUUCCAUUUUCAUUGUUUUUUUGUUCUCGUGGUUUGUACAAUGAUUAUUUCAUGAACUAGAACUUUCACUCCGGCAUAAUUUCAUCGUUUGCCUGUUAUGUCUGCAUCCGUUCGUUGUAUUCUUGAAACUACCGUACUAGUUUUGAUGUUGUGUUUUACUUUAUGCUUUAUUGUUUUCAAGUUGACGCUGAUCCUGAUGAGGGUCCUAUUUCAAAUUAUUGAUAAAUUUUCGGAUAAGUGUGAGAAAGUGGCCACAUAAACUAGUUAAAGCCCAUGUAGACUCGUGUUCAAGUGAACUCGAGUUUCACUGGUCAACCAAAGGUGGUAAUUUCAUCAUUUAUCGGUAAAGUUAUGUUGAUGCGUGUGUGGCCUGUUUGUGGUGUUUGUCAGUGUGUAUGUGGUGAAUGUAUGUCUGUGUACGUUUAGGCCCUUGCCUCUGAACAAGGUUUGUAUUACAUUUUUUUUUUAUUGUUUUCAAGUUUACGCUGACCCUGAUGAGGCUUCCAUUUCCAAUGGUGUCACUAUUGAUAAAUGUUGGGAUAAGUGUGAGGCAAUGGACACAUAAACUAGUUAAAGCCCAUGUAGACUCGUGUUCAAGUGCACUCGAGUUUCACUGGUCAACCAAAGGUGGUAAUGCCAUCAUUUAUCGGUAAAGUUAUGUUGAUGCAUGUGUGAUCUGUUUGCGGUGUUUGUAAGUGUGUAUGUGGUAUAUGUACGUUUGUGUACCUAGUUCCGCGUCGUGAAGGUCCUUGCCUUUGAUAGGGUUUGUAUUAUUUUUUAGAAGUUUUGACUACCGGCGUGUCCGUAGUUUUCAUUGGCUUGUUUUUCGAAGUAGACCUAUAUUGAUGUUCUACUAACUUCUCAAGGAAUAAUGCAUGCUAUCUUGGCAAAAAAAAAAACACUGAAAGAGUAGCUUUAUCUAUAAAUGAAGAGAUGUCCACCUAAUAGACGAAUUUUCUGGUCAGGAGCAAGUUUGCUCAAAUAAUUAUUCAGAUUGAACUUGGUUGCUAUGCAUUAUGCUUUCAUUCGCUUACUUGUAUUGAGAACAUUACUAUUUUAAUAAUACGACAGAACUGUCAUUGACUCAGACAACAAAUAUUUUGCACGUUCAAUUUGAAAUAUAACGUAAAUUACAUGCAGUGAAAAUUGUUUUGUCAUACCUUCUUGUAAUCUUAAGCAGAAAACUGUAUUUUGGGUUGAUUGAUAUCUAAAAUUAUUUUCAGUUAAAUAAUGAAAGUUUAUUUCUCUACUAAAUGCAUUAUCCUUUACUCAAAUAAAAGAAUCAUGUGAUUUUUAUUUGUGAAAAAAUUAUAAUUACUGAUAAUUUUGUUGGCAAUGCAUAAUUGCUUGUAGUGUUUGUAAUAAAAGUUUAUACUCGG